CUGAAUAUUUGUUCCAUCCAGCCUUAAGAUUAACUGAAAACUCUUCCUUCAUUCUCAACGGCGAUUGGCAAUUUGGAGUCAGCAAAUCGAUCGAUGCUGCUGGCACUAAAAUAACGUACAACAAGCAGGACAGUACUUCUCUGGAGUCGAUUUCCGCCAGUGGUCCUUUAUCAGUUCCUCUGGACAUUAUGAUUAUCAACUAUCAAGCUAAUCCCGGAAUAAAGUACCGAUACGCUUUACCAAUUGAUGAUGUUCCCGUGCCCGUUAUUGCACCACCUUCAAUCAUGCGGCCUGUACCUGCUCCAAAUCUAGAUAUGAGAAAGUUGGAUAUUUCCAGCUCGAAUUCUUCGUUUAAUAGUCAGAGGGAUGAUCCAAAACCUGCCUAUCUGCCUGGGCAAAGACGCACUCGAUUGAAGCGCAGGAAUUUUCACUGGAAAGUCACCGGAUACACCCCAUGUAGUAAAACUUGCGGAGGAGGCACAAAAACCUACAUUCGCGCCUGCUACAGAAUCAUUAGCCCCUCGCAUCAAAUUCCCAUGAACGAAAAACGAUGCGCCCAUUUGGACCCUCCAGCCCUUACGCCGAUUUCUUGCAACGAAGAGCCAUGCAGCGCAGCUUAUUGGGAUGGCUUCUGGGGCCAGUGCUCAGUAUCAUGUGGAGAAGGCGUUCAGCAGUUUAUUCCGCAGUGCAAACGCAAUCUCAAUGGAAAACUGAUCGUUGUUAGUGAUGUGCAAUGCGCUCCCAACAAGCCAAGCCCAGAAACCAGAGCCUGCCAGGAACGGGAGUGCGAGUUGUUUAGAGGACUGUCCGAUAACGAACUGCCCCAGACGGCGGAGACUGGCAGACCUGCAAUUAUCAGCAGAAAGGAAUGGAGUGUUGGAAGCUGGUCCUCGUGCUCAGUGACAUGUGGAAAUGGACACAGGACACGGUCAGUCAUCUGUCCUUCGGGACAGUGCCAUCCUGAGAAUCGACCAGCACAUGCGGAGUACUGCAAUCAGGGCUCUUGUGAUUCUUCGAAUUACGACCCUUCACCCUCACAGCCCAAAAUUGCAGUGUCGCCCCAGUUUACUCAUCGAAGUGGAAUUUCAUCGUGGCUGGUUACCGAGUGGUCUCACUGUUCAGUACAAUGUGGUUAUAAGAUCCAUCUUGUAGACGACCGUCCUCUUGAUCUUUUGCCAGCGACUGUUCGUUCCAAAGUGAGUCUCUCAAGACCAUUUCUUAUAACCACAUGA